AAUUGAAGACAAAAAAGAGUUCUCCAUUCCUUGAGUGAAGAGGCUUCUUACAUCCCAACUACGUGGGAUAAGCUAUAUGAAUCUUUUUUGGUGAAUCUAGGGUCAGGUCUUCUGCUAAACAGACCUUUUUUGUGCUAAAAAGCAAAGGUUUAGAAUGAAAGAAAAGAGCCCAUGUGUUGGUUCAAAUUUAUGAUUUUAGAAGCCAUGGAGGCACCCUGUUUUCCAAGGACUCAGGCAGGCUUCCUGCAUAGGACACCAAAAUGGAUGAGCUAAUGAGUGGCAAUUCAACAAUUCCCAACCAAAAGAUGAAAGCUUCUGCUAAGAAGACCUUGGAUCCGAUAACAAAUGUAUAUAUCUGGGACAUGGAUGAGACUCUUAUAUUGCUCAAAUCUUUGUUGAAUGGAACAUAUGCAGAAACUUUCAAUGGUCUGAAGGAUGUACAAAAGGGUGUAGAAAUUGGCAAGAUGUGGGAGAAAUACAUUCUUCAAGUGGCUGAUGAUAUUUUCUUUUAUGAACAAAUCGAGAACUAUAAUAAGCCCUUUCUUGAUGCCUUGAGCCAGUAUGAUGAUGGGAAGGAUCUUUCUGAUUAUGAUUUUAACCAUGAUGGCUGUAGUUCUCCAUAUGAUGAUCUCAACAAAAGAAAACUAGCUUACAGGCAUCGUGUUAUAGCCCAUAAAUACAAACAGGGCUUGCAUAACACUUUUGAUCAGGAUAUGAUAAAACUCUGGGAUGAUCUCUAUGAUAUGACAGACAGUUAUACAGAUAGAUGGCUCUCCUCAGCACGGGCCUUCUUGGAGCAGUGCUCAGAUGAGAACAAAGAUUCAACUCCUCUUGCUCCUGCCAAUGGGGUUGUUGACUCUAUUGAUGCAAAAUCCCAGAAUGUUAAUGUUUUAGUGACUUCUGGAUCACUGAUACCCAGUCUUGUUAAAUGCUUACUCUUUCGACUGGAUGAUCUGAUAACACAUGGAAAUGUUUACAGCUCAUGGGAGGUGGGGAAGCUCCAAUGUUUUUCAUGGAUCAAGGAGCGUUUCAGUGGUCCAAAUGUCCGCUUUUGCGUAAUUGGGGAUGGAUGGGAAGAGUGUGAGGCAGCACAGACUAUGAGAUGGCCAUUUGUUAAGAUUGAUCUACGGCCAGGCAGUUCUCACAGAUUUCCAGGCCUUACGUUGAGGACAGUAGGCCACUAUUUCUCUAUCGUGUAUGGAAUCCCAGAUGCUGAAAAUGAUGAUGAGUAGCCGUACACCAGCUGCAUCAUAUGUCAAAACAGGUUUGCAUGAGAUCCUCUUUCAGUCAGUUGGUACUUUGAGCAUAUUUGGAAAUGCACACCUUUGAGCUACUCACAAGGAUGUCUUCCAGCAGCAAAUAGCCUCAUGUUUUUGCCUGGACAUGCUAUCCAAAAUUAAUAGGAAGAGCCGAUUGUAAAAAGAGUGAAGACUAACAUAAUAUGAAUGUAUCGGGUUCGGAAUCCCUUGGAACAGUUCAGAUGUGUGGGUAAGGAAACAAGUCAUUUAUGUGUGAACUCAUCUGAGAGCUAGCCCGUCGUUCUCAAGUACUUCAAAUUUCUGUAGAAAUGUUUAAACCUUGUUUUUGGUGUUUGGUUUACAUGUAAAAUUGUAAUAUUACAAGUUUCGGAACUUGAGAUGCUGGCAAGACACAUAUAUGGAGUAUGGGUCAUAAAUGUAUAUAAAUUUUAAGGGUCCCUGCUUCUAGUUUGC